AUGGAUUACCAAAACCGUGCAGGUGCCAACAAGGGUGGUGGCGGUGUGGCCGGCUCGUCCGAGUCGGCGAUUGACCGUCGUGAGCGUCUCCGCAAGCUGGCAAUGGAGACGAUCGACCUGGCCAAGGACCCCUACAUCCUCCGCACGCACCUGGGCACCCUCGAGUGUCGUCUCUGCCUGACGCUGCACGUCAACGAGGGCUCGUACCUCGCCCACACGCAGGGCAAGAAGCACCAGACCAACCUCGCGCGUCGUGCAGCAAGGGAUAACCACGAUGCCAUCCUUGCCGCGCCGCCACCGCCGGCGACGACGGUGCGCAAAAAGGUCUUUGUCAAGAUUGGACGACCGGGUUACAAGAUUGUCAAGAUUCGCGAGCCGGUGACCCAGCGCCUGGGUUUGCUGUUUACCAUCUCCUUGCCCGAAAUCAAGGACGGCGAGCGGCCCCGGAGGCGCUUCAUGUCGGCGUUUGAGCAGAAGCGCGAGAUUCCCAACCGCGCGAUUCAGUACAUGGUGAUUGCGGCCGAGCCGUACGAGACGAUCUCGUUUGCCAUUCCAGCAAAAGACAUGGCCGACGAGGAGGAGGACCCAGACUCUGUAUGGGAGCACUGGGACGCAGACGACAAGGUGUACAGCUGCCAGCUGCUGUUCAAGUAG